UCAUUGAGCAAAUUAAAACAAACGUCAAGCAAAGUUUUAGGAAAAAUAAUAACUUUUUAGCAAAUAAAAGAGUAUACUAUAUGGCAAGUAGUGGAGUGAUGAUGAUGAGUUCAUUUAGCCUUAAACCCUCUCUCUUAAGAGUAGAAAAGGCAUCAAUAGCAAGGCCUUCAAACUCCAAAUUGAUAGUGAAGGCCAGUGGGGGAAAGAAGAUUACCACCAAUAAGCCUUAUGGAAUUAAUGGAGGCUUGAACUUGCAAGAUGGUGUUGAUGCCUCUGGCAGGAAGGCCAAGGGAAAGGGUGUUUACCAAUUCGUGAAGAAAUAUGGAGCUAAUGUUGAUGGAUAUACAGUCCUAUCUAUAACCCGGAUGAAUGGUCCCCAAGUGGCGAUGUCUAUGUUGGCGGUACCACUGGCUUAGCCCUUUGGGCAGUAACGUUAGUUGGACUUCUUGCGGGAGGUGCUCUGCUAGUCUACAACACAAGUGCUUUGGCACAGUAGAUAAUGAAACUGAAAAAGUAAUUGAAUCGAAGAAUCGAAUUUACUCUGAUAUCUAUCGAAAUUAUUAUCUCAUCAGCACUUAAGUUGUAUUUUGGCCUAUUCUGUGAAAUAUAUAACUUGUUGAUAAUAUUUUGUACUAAAAAGAACUUUUUGGCCUCUUAAUUAAUAUGUAUGUAUCGUAAUUUACAAGUUGUG